AUGGCGUUCAUCGCACCUCCCAGGGGCGGAGUUACAGCAAACUUGACCUGGGCUGUAGCCCAGGUUUUAAAUCCUGGCUCCGCGCCACCUCCUGUCGAGUUAACGCACCCGGCGGUGCAGAUACCAGCUCACUUUAGCCACCGCCGCCGGCGAAUUACUGUCUCCGCAACCUUAUCAUCGCCCCCUCGGGAGGAUAAAGCGGCGGCGGCGGACUGGGUGAAGGAAACCGCGAGCUUUUUCGAGCAGGAUUCCCGCCCUAUCAUGCUCUUCGAUGGUGUUUGCAAUUUAUGUAAUGGAGGUGUGAAGUUUGUAAGAGACAAUGAUCGAAAAAGGAAUAUUAGAUUUGAAGCUCUACAAAGUGAGGCAGGUAAGAAGCUGUUGCAGAGAUCUGGAAGAGCACCUGAUGAUAUUUCAAGUGUUGUGCUCGUUGAGAAAGAAAGGUCUUAUAUCAAGUCAGAUGCUGUAAUGAAGAUUAUGCAAUACAUAGAUUUGCCAUUCCCCCAGAUGGCAUUCUUUCUGCAAUUUGUGCCAUUAUUCAUACGGGAUUUUGUAUAUGAGAAUAUCGCAGAUAACAGAUACAACUUAUUUGGACGCACGGAUUCUUGCGACAUAUAGCGUAUCCGAGUAAUGUAUUCAAAUUGGGAAAACAGGGGCACACUGUAUCUCUUGAUAGUAAAACUAUUCAUCUAUAAAAUAAAAUAGCAAAUCAAGCUUCUAUUGCUUGCCGAUGUUCCCCGCAAAUGUCUGAACGCCACGUCACUCACAUUCACGGCAGAUGUCUGAAUCAAAUGAAGAACAUUAAAUGUCGGAUAAGAGUUAUUCGAAUAGAGUCAUUCGCAAGUACUGUUCGGUUUGAUUUGCGAAAACUCGACUUUGGGUCGUUCCUUUUAUUUAAACGAGUCUAGCUCGAACAAGUAAUCGAGCUCAUUUAUUACAAGAGUUUGAGUUUGUUUGCAAAUAGUAUGCAAAUCAUGUCUGCAGACCAUUUACAGUUUUGAGAUUGUUAAACGAGUCGAGUCGAGCCAAGCUGAGUUAUGAAAUGUUUGACUCAGCUAGGCUCGAAUAACACUCCUAAGUAUGUAGGACCAAUAAUUUCCUAUUGGCAGAAUAUGCUUUACUUGAUUCUGGCAGAUCUCGUGAGGGCAGUAAAACUGGUCAAUUAGUAUGGGAUUAUUAGCAACUGUG